UCUCCAUGUUCAUGUGUCUUGUUUUCGUUGGUUCAUUGUUUGAUUAUCUUGUUUAGAGUUAUGUUUGUUCAUUGGUUAUGUUCUCCCAUGUCCAUGUAUUUAAGCCCUCAUGUUUUCCAUUGUCCUUUGUCAAGUAUUGUAGAUAUUUGGUAACAUUGUGUCAUGUCAAAUUUAUGUUAAUUCAAGGUUAUAGUCAAGUUCAUGUUUCUGCUUAUGUUUCAUGUUUAUAGUUAGGGUUAUUUGGCUAUCACUUUUGUUUAAUAAAUUGCACUUGGGUUCUUCAUUCCAUCGUCAUCGUCUUCAUCAUUGUCAGCACCAGCAGCAUUGUUACAAGUACAUGUACUUUAUACGGUAAGUUAUUGUUAAAAUUACAGUUUAAAAAAAAAAAAAAAAAUACACGGGUGUUCCCAGAAUUCCCUGCGUGACCCAUCACAUUACAUUAUAUUUUAUGAGAAUAGUUAUGUUUCUUCUUAUUUUUAAUAUCACUUAUCUACACUGGUGUUCUGUGUUAUAUUUGAUGUAGUUUAGUUAAUGUUUAUUGCAUUAUUUUAAUUUGACAUGUUAACCUGAUGGUGUUUUGUGUUUGUGUGAGUGACACUGUGCAUACAUCUUUAUUGGUCAUUGCUCCUGAGAGACCACUAUUGAUGAACUUCAUGUCGUCAUGUGCCUUUCAGUAAUUACUACACAGCAGAUCAUCUGGAUAUAGAAACUGUCUGUUCACAUCAUGCUCCAUCAUUUAAAAGCAUUCAUUACUGUGAAGCUAUGUUUUUCAGUUACUGUUUAUGUAUAGGAGUUUCAGAUAAAAGCCUGUUUGUGUGUAUAUUUGAGAAAAUAUAGCAUUCAUUGAACGACUGAAACGUGGUAUUUUAAUGGAAAAUAAUGAUUGGAAUAUACUACAAUAAUUUUAACAGUGUUGACCUGACAUUAUUUCAUUACACAUCCAUCCUGUCAUAUUACCAUAAAUUCUCCUGAAUGUACAUAACAUUUGUUAUCUUUCAAAAUCACUAUCACAACUUACUAAGCUAAAACAUUCGAGACACUCUAAAACCGUUUGCGACUAUAAAAAGUUAUUUUCUCCAUAACAGACGUUAUGAGGAAGUUUUCGUGUCACUUUAUUUAUUAGAUCCUACAUGCCUGCAUUAAAUUCUUUGCCUGUAAAUUCACAGUACUGAUGCUGGUAGUCAGUCUACACACAUGUUCAGAUGCAAUACAGCACACAGGCAGCACAUCUGUCAAAUGAAAUAUAUUCACAGAACCUGAUUAUUCCAAAACUAUGAAAACUGUAUGUGCCAUUUCACAAGUUAAGUAUUUCUAACACUGUCCUCAUUCAAUUCGAUUCUGUUUUCAAUUCGAUUUAACACAUUAAUUUAGUGCGAUUUAAUUAUAACAAAUAACGCGUUUAAAAAAAAGUGUUCCUAGAAUAUCGUAUGGAUUUUUCUACCAUAUGAGCCGCAAGUGGGGGAGAGAUAUUCCAGUGUUCAUUACGUAUGUGAGACGGUUUUAGAGGUGACAUCAGCAAGCAAAAUCAGACUUUUUCAAGCUUGAAGUACAUUGUUUUUACGAGCCACAUGAAUAGGUGUCAGCGCCCCUCAACAAACCUCAAGCAGCACAGCCACAGAAUGAGACCCGCUCACUGAGGAAGCACAACAGAGGUCUCAAACCUCUUCUGAUCAGGAACAACAUCGAACCACAUUGAUUUCAAACCCUCGCCGCUCAAAAACAACAAUAACAACAACAACAACAACAAACAAUUAUGUUUCGUCACAGAAGAACCGACCAAAAAAUAUGGAUCCAGCAGAACAACUCGGGCCAUUCACUUAAGGGUCAUCUUCCUUGGAGGCUUAUUGUGUAAGGUUCUGGAGUUUGGCCUGUCAGGUGAGCUGAGAGGAGAGAAUCCUAAGGGCGACGUUCUGGCUAGGACUGAAUGCUUCGGUGAGGGAGAUGGUCCCUUUGGACUGUGACAGCCUGCCCCUUGGUGACUUCAUUACUAACAUCGUAAUGGCUGGUCUUCUGCUAUCUACUCCAGCGGCCAACCCUCUUGCAGUGGAUUCCUGCACUUGUAGUGCUCCUUGCUCCAAGCCUUCCACGGUCUCACCCUCCAGGCCUCCCACAGCCAACGAGCCCAUGCCUGCCAUGGCCAACGAGCCAGCGUUGCAAGCCUCGUCCGUCCCAGAGCCAGCUCCAGCCCUAGAGGAAUUUUCGGGGUGGGGGGGGCACUAUGGUUCCAGUGGCCUCCGAGCUCCCAUCAGCGGAGACCACUUUCUCCCCAGCCUCGUUGGCCCUGGAGCCUUCCUUCAUCGAGCCUCCCAUGGCUCCACCUUCCGAGUCUCCCACAGCUGUGCUUACGGCCGUCCGGAAGAGGAGAAGGACUCCUACUCCCCAGACACUGCCAGUGCUCAUGACCACGGAGGUCGUUCCCCUAUCACUGCCCAUGAUCACGACCAUGGAGGUCAGUCCCCAGUCACUGCCAGUGCUCUCAACCAUGGAGGUCGUUCCCCCAUCAUUACCAGUGCCCAUGAACAUGGAAGCCAUUUUCCAGUCGCUGCUAGCGUCCCUGACCAUGGUGACUCUGCCCUCAUAGUCUUCCACGGCUCCGCCCGCUCCUCCAGAGACGCCUCCUCCAGCGGCUCCACACACUCCUCCAGAGACUCCUCCAGCGGUUUCGUCCGCUCUCCCUGAGACUCCUCCAGGGACUCCUCCCACUCUAUUCAGGAUUCAAAUCCCUGCUCUUCCCGCAGCUCCGCCCACUCCACCUCCAGACCCUCCUCCUGGAACUCAAUUCCCUGCUCCUCCUGACCCAGUCCCGGCCCUGUGGCCGCCUCCUAGGCUUCUGAUUGUCCGCCAACUCCUCCUUGGCCUCAGAAUCAUCCUCCAGAUCCUUCCUGGUCUGCUUGGCCCUGCCUCCCUUCCCAUCCAUCUUUGGGUGUCAGGAGCCACCCAUUAAAGGGGGGGGUUCUGUCACAAACUCCCUUGUGUUUGUACCAUCACCUUCCCAUUAUGUUUUGGCUAUUACACUACACUUCCCAUGAUGCACCUGUCUGAUCACUCAUCUGUUCCCCAUCUUUGUUCCCAGGUGUUCAUUGUUUUGUCGUUACCCAUGUGUGUAUAUAUAGCCCUCGUGUUUCCCUUAGUCUUUGUCAGUUCGCUUGUUUGUAUUUGUUAUUUUAACCAGCAAUCUGCUGUUAUGUUUUCCCGUUUGCUCCAGUGAUUUAGUUUCACCUUAGUUCCUUAAUAAAUAGUAUCUGCAAUUGGACCCACACUCUCUCGUCUUGUCCUUCCCAGUUUUGUCACAGUGAGGACGUUUUCAAAAAUAAUGCCAUGAAUAAUUUUAUUUAUCAAUUAACUUCAUAGUGCGGUAAACAACAACAAAAAAAUCAAUAUUUGGAGUGAACAAGCAUUGCUCCACGCAUCUUAAUCGCUUUCUCUUCAUGUAAUCCCAGCCUGACUCAAUGAGUGCUUUUGUGAAUUGAGCAGGUGGAUCUGUUACAUGCAUUUGUGGAUUUGCUGUGUGCAUUUGUGUGAUGUUUUGAUCACUGCUUUACUCAAUAUUAAGGCCCCCAUAAAACACAGUUUUGUAUUUGGUAUGAAGUAUGUUUAAAGUGGGCUCUUAUUGACUGAUCCAGUCACAGAGGAGAUGCAUUUGUUUAUAGAAUACUUUGUUAUGCAGUGCCAAAAGUGAUUCAAAUAACAGGAAAUGGUGCACUCUUUUCUGAAGUGGUUAUUAUAUUGAAUAAGCAUUCUUCAUUUGUUACCCCAAAAUGCAUCUUGAUGUCUCAAAAGCAUUUGCAUUAGUUACAAUUUUUUUUUUUUUUUUUUUGCCCUAUAACUA